UUGUUGGUAUAUAGAAGCUUAGGUUUAAUCUGAGGGUUAAGAUUAAUCUUCUUGAAAUGAUUGAACUGCAUUAUUUAAUAUUUAACUCUGAUGUUAACCGAUCUGAUUACUUAAUUACAAGACAACUUUAGGAUAAGCAUAGCUCAGAGUACUUUGAACCAGAUUGAACUCACUUGUAAUAGAGCAAAAUGUGGUAUUUCAGACAGCCUUCGAUGCUUAAUGCUCAAAGAGAGUGUAUCAGGGAGUCCGGGUGAAGCACACAGUAAAAGACCUGCUGGCAGAAAAGAGGUCACGGCAGACAAGCGGCCCGCGCUACGCUGGUGUCUCCUCUCCUCCGAGUCCAUUUGUUCAAAUGACUGGUUCUCACAUGCUUCCGAGCUACUAUGGCAUGAGAAGGCCUUUCAUUUCAGACUCAGAGUUUUGUUCCUCAACAAAACCAUUUUCUACUGACGUCUACCCCUCAUCGCUAACAGGAAAGUCUAUCUCAUGUGACACCGGAUGCGUGUCUGGUUAUUCCUCUCUCAUUGACAGCUACUACCCAGACUCAUUUGGCGACUACCGCAGCACUCCUUUCUCCAGUGGAGGAAGUACAAUAUUCUCGCCCUCUGCAUUGUCUUCUUUGCUCCCUUCAUACUCCAGUGACCCUUCACAUUACUUGCUGAGGGACUCUUGGGAGCCCACGGGGAGCGACGGGGUGGAGGGUUUGUGUGGAGAUGCUCUGGCUCCAAUGCCCCUGUCUACACCCACUUCUCUGGUCAACCCCGAGACCGUCAGCCCGACCCAGUUCCGUUCGUCGUCCCGGGGCUCUAGCAUGACGUCUUCACAGUCGUACUCUCUCCAUUCACUGGAUGAAGUCAAUUAUCACUCUUCAUUUCAAUCCACCUCUGGCAGCUUUGCUCCCCCUUCGUUCAUGACUGAGCCUGCGACCAAACUAGUGCCAGUACUACCCUCAGAAGAUACUGAAAAUGCCCCUUCAGCCUUGAGUGACAGCCUGGUAUGGGGCAAGGAAGACACUGCUAGCACCUGGUCACAGUUUGAAGUCAGGAGGGCAUUUUGAGAUUGAACUGGAAGGAAGUAAAGGCUCACCAGCCUAGCAGAUCAACACCUCUUCGAUACACAACACUUAAGAUCUAAGAUCUUUUUGCCAGGUUUACUUAGCAAAGCUAAGGCUUAACAUUGGGGAACAAAUUAUAUCUUCAGUUUAAUGUUUUAUUUGUGUCGUUUAUUACAAAUGCAUCUUCUUUUUUGUCAUCACAACUUAUAUUGUCUCAGCAGGAUAAGUAGAAUAAUAAUCAGUAUAAGUCUGUAUAUGAGAUUUUUUUUUUAUUUCUGUGAUAAGUGACUGUGAGUCUAUAUAUAUGUAUAUUAUCUGCAAAUAAUUAAGUGUUACAAUAUUUAUAGUUGAUGUGUAAUAUCUAGCUAGUCCUAUUUUCUCUUCUUGUGACUCUUUUAAUUAAAAACCUGUUGUGAAAAUGGUCUAAAAGGUAAAUAAACUGGAAUGACAAAAAAUCAUUCUUGUAACUCUACUUCACAAUGUAAUUCAAAGUGCCUGAUGUAAACAACAGAAAACAAUUACAUUAAAAGAAAACUCAAACUAUUUAUUAAAUUAUUAAAUGGACAAACAUUUUCAAUAUAUAUAUAUAUAUAUUCAUAUAUACACUACCAGUCAAAUGUUUUUUAAAGA